AAGUUAAUUUUUGAAACAAUAACAUUCCUUCUUUUAUUUUAAGCAUUCAUAGUUAUAUAAGGAUACCUAUAUUAAUUUUUCUUACUAUUACUGGGGCGUCCGCCGACACGAUAUGGGCUCUAGAUGUAAGUGCAUAAGAUUCAAUAAAAUCGUAAUAUUUUAAGAAAAAAAAAAACAAAAAAAUCAAUGGCAAGAAAAAAAAAAAACUAAGUUAGAGAAUUCAAAUGGUAGGUACCUAUCUAGGAAAAAAUAUUUCUCUUGAAUCCUUCAAAAAUCACAAAACAUGAUUUAGAAAGUCGUUUUAUAAUGUAUAACUGCUUCCUUAAUGAUUUUUAGUAGUUUUUGAUUUAAAAAAAUGCGAUUUUUUUGCUUUUAGCCCUUACGCCUUAGACCCAUUUCACACAUAGCCGGCGACCGGCUUACCGACCAGGGUAGCCGGUUUUUCUUCAUGUUUUCAAUUUAUUCGCCCAUAAGAACGUGUAUCUAGCAACCGGAUAUCCGGGCCGUUUACCGGGUUCCCGGCUAUGUGUGAAAUGAGACUUACAGCUAGAACAAAUCGUGGGCGGGCGCACCAGAUAGCAAGACAAAUUUAGAGGGCAACUUUCAAGCGUUAUCAUUCAGGUUUAAUCUUCUCUAUUUCACUUAAUUAUAUUCUCAAACAUCUCUGAAUGUUAAAAAAAUAAUGAGCAUGGUUAAUGUCUCAUAAAUUUAUUUACCUAUAGGUCCAACCCUGUUAAAAACAAAAAUAAAGGGUUUUCUUAUAAAAAAGUUUUUUUUUUAUUUUUCAAAAAACGACUAAAUAUUUUCGUUAUUAAUUACACUGUGCUACAAAAUAAAAAUAAUGUUAAUUACUUUGGAAGUGACCUAGCAGAGGUUGUAGGCAUUACUACGUACAACAUAUAUCGGCACUUGAAAUUUUUCAUAGACUCUUAAAAUUCCAAGUUAUCGACAAAGAAACGUUUUUUCAAUGUUCAUUUCAACGCUUUUUACUCAGUCAUUUUUCGGUCAAUUUCCGUUUUUUUUACAGUUCUAAGCAGAGGAGUACUUCUUGUUUUUGAAAAUAUUUUUUUAUUAUUUUUUAUUUGCUCAAGCACCACAUUGGGUGCUGAGACCGUUUAAAGCUGCAUUUUGUGUUUUUUUUUAUAAACAGUUUUGUUGUUGUAUUAAUGCUGAAUCAAACAAGUUUUUAUUCAUCAAAAUCAGUUAGAAAUUGUGGAAGUUAUGGUUUUUAUACUCUAGAAAGAAAUUUCAAUUAUAAUUGAUAAUUUAUCAAUCAAUACGAGUAAAUACUCACUUUUUAAAUAUUUCGGUACGUGCGUCGACUGAAGUUAGCUGGACGGUUUAGUAACCAACCUUAAUUAUAUAAGUAUUGAAACUAUUUCAACAAAAUAUGUCUUCUUAAAUGAUAAACAUAAAAACUCUGUAUCUUUUUAUAAUCUUCAUGAAAAACAAUUUUUUGAUAAAUAGAUAUGUAUAUGCCUACCUAAUAUCCACGCGUUUGGCAACAUUAAUAGCCGCAAGCUUUUUCAUCCCUGCCAUCACAAUUGCAACCAACACCACUUUCUUGAAAGUUAUUGCCCCUGAAAACUUUCAACAAACCCACAUUUGUUUUUGCCUCUACCUGUCUAUCGGUUGCAUUUCAGCUGAUAUCUUUGACAGGUGUGGGUGUGGGGGGCUACAGUGAAAAAUCGAACUUUUUGAGCUAACACAAAAACUGUCGUAGAACCGAGGGUUGAUUCAGUUUGGUUUUGCUCUCUGCCUCUCUCUGCUUAACUCUCCCUUCUUGUAAGUAUGGUGCUCUCUUUUAGCCCGAAUCAACUUUUUUCCUCUAUCAUAAACACGCAGAAUUCUUAGCGCUUCGUCAUAGCUUUUUGGCUUUUUCCCAGUUUGAUUUUACCUACGAAGUUGUUCGGAUUAAACUAACGGAUGUCGAGACCUAAAAGCGGUUAGCAAAAUUCUAAGAGAAAAAAAAAUAUAUAAUAAGUAAUAGCCUUAAACAUAAUAAUUAUUGUUCUUGAAAAAAAAAAAAAAAAACAGGAUUAUACGCUUUUCUUGACGAAAAAAUACCUACAUAUUCUAAUAUUCAUUGUUUUGUGCGUUUGUGGGACUCCAGUCCAUAAUUCGUGCCAAACUGGGGCAACUUAAUCGUUAAAUAAAAAAGUAAAAAAAAAGGAUAAAUGUAGCCUAUCCGACUGUUAUCCGCUACUUUCUUUACUCCUGUUCGACAGCUCGUAGUCGAUGUGAAUGUGUGUGCGUGUCGGUAUCAACAUUGUAAAUUGUUAUGUGUUUGUAUUUUGUCAAUUAAGAGGAAAAGGUGUGCUAAAUAACAACAAAGCAGAGCAGUAAAAGGAGCAAAAAAAAGGAUACCUAGGUACAAUAACAGGGACUAAAAUUGUGAAAAUAUUAUAUUUGAAUGUUUGAAUUAUCGGCAAAGUUUAUUGGAUUUGUGUCUGUGUGUUCGUGUGCAGUUUAUUCCCGUAUACAGAAAGAGUCCUUUGUUUGAACAAGGAAAUUUUUAUGUGUAUGCAUGGUAAAUGACGAAAAAUAAUCAGAGUGAAGCGCGAUAGGAUUACAGUGGAACAAAUAAAACGAGAAAUCAUAAAAAAAAAACAGGAUAUAGCAUACUCGUUCAAUCAAAUCAAGGUGGCGCGGUAGAGAGCUUUGCUAUUGUAUAAAGUAAGUGCCGACACAAAGUCUUAAGUACGAAACCAGGACACCUGUUCGUAACAGUUUGCUGCACAUUCGAAUAAUACCUUUGUCCGUUUGUUUUUUCGGAAGCAAAAGAGGAAAGCUGGCAAAAGGAUCAUCGAGUAAUUAUUUCCGCUCAAGUUCUAUCGCAAUUAUCCUUUAAGUAGAAGAAAAAGAAUAAGAUAGAAAUCGUUUCGUUUCGACCCGUUACGUUGAUUUUCUUUUAAUACUCAGUUUUUAUUUUCUGCAUCAAAUCAUUGAAGUGAAAUCACAAGGAAGAAAAGGACCGACUGGCAACAUUUCGAUGAAAAGAAAAAAACUCAAUACAAUACAGUAGUUAUGCAAAGUUCAAUGAACAUUUUAUUCAUUUGUGAAGAAUACACUUUAGCUUUAUUCGAAGGAUAAUAAUGCCUUGGCCCAUUACUCCAAUCAUUUUAUAGUACCCAUGUACACAGACAACAUACCUUUUGAAAGCGCCACUCACCAUCAUUAAAAAGAGAAGAAGAAGAAAAGAAUAUCAUUGAACCCAUCGCACAACUGGAUUUUAUUUUAAAUUACUUUAGUCACCAGUCCAUCCUGCCAUAUGUACAAGGAUAAUUGCAAAUCACCAUCCAUACCAAAUGACGAUAGUGACGACGAUUCCUCCACCGCCGUCUGCACCGAUGUUCAAUUAAUCCGCAAAAUUGGAUACAUUGCUUCGCGCGUUCGGUACCUUAGCGAAAUAUAUGCGAAUUUCAAAUUGACGAAUCCUUACAGUGACUUAGCAAGUGUGCCAUCAUACAGUUCGGCCGAGAGCCUCGGCAGUACGGCUACUACGACGACUGUUGACGCCCACCACAGCCAAGAACAGGACCUAAAUCAAGCGCUAGACUCUGCCGAUGCCAGGUUGCGUCAGCGAAUCCUUGAGAAUUUAUUAGUACAAAUUUAUGAGGAUCAUCAGACGGUGACCGUGAUACGCGAAACGAGGGGCAACUCGAGCAAGGAUCACUGUUUCUACAUAAUGAAUAGCAACAGUACCACCAGCAGCAGUGUCGAGCGUCUGCUGCAAGCCAAUGAUGACGAGGACGAAAGCAAUGACAACACUCUGCGAAAAAACUUUCUCAAUGUGACCACCACUACAACCGGAUCUAGUCAAAGGGAAGGUGGCGGACGAGGCACAACUAUGGUGUCCUUUGCGGCCAGCACUGGUCGGCGCGGCAGUGAUAACGCGCUGAUUGAUUGUCGACGAAGAGGAAGUGGAAGCGAAGCGAUGGACCAGUUAAAAGUGAAUAACUGUCAACAACUAAUGCCAACUUCUUCGAAGCCCGUGCAUCGUGGAAGCUGUGGUGCCACAGGGGAGCAUCUGCUGGCUGCCAAUUCGAUUGCGAAAAAGUCUACAAUUAUUCUUAGUAAAUCGUGUAGCAAUGUUGAUGCAGGUGGUGGAACUGGCAACGGAUGUGCAUCGCUGUAUCCUAAGCAAGGUCCUCUGAAUGGGGAGGGAGCUAAUGUUGCUGCGUUGGCGGAUAGUACUGGUGGAAGUGUUGUGGGUGGUAGCGCUGGGAAUAAUGGAAAUAGCGAAUUUAGCGUUGUACAAAUGAACAAUACAAUCAUUCAGUGCCACUUUAGUGAUGAUGACUUUAGAGCCUUAGUCAAGGAUUUGAAGCGAAAAGUAGAAUACACCGAGCGGACGAAUUGGCUAUGUAAGUUAACACACAAGGAAAUGCAUAGUUUAUCGAAACGUCCUAUGGGACCACCACACCGAAAAAGUAGUUUACCAAAGCACACCGAAGUUAAGAAACGCUUUCUGGAGAUAUGUGAUACAACUUUCUCGGACGAGGUGAAGGCUGCACUACGUCUGCCCUCGUUUGAUUCGUACGAUUGGAGUGAUUCGGAUGUCAUUCAUUUGAUGCAGACAAUGUUCAUUGAAUUGGGGUUCACACACAAGUUCCACAUACCCAUGGACACGUUACGCGAAUGGCUUUAUGAAGUCUAUAAGCACUAUAACGAAGUUCCGUUCCAUAAUUUUCGGCACUGCUUUUGUGUAGCACAAAUGAUGUAUGCAAUUACACGACAAGCCAAUCUGAUAUCACGUCUGGGGGAGUUGGAAUGUCUGAUUCUUUUAGUCUCCUGCAUAUGUCACGAUCUCGAUCAUCCUGGCUAUAAUAAUAUUUAUCAAAUAAAUGCACGCACAGAGCUGGCUCUCAGGUAUAACGACAUCUCACCUUUGGAAAACCAUCAUUGUUCAAUCGCUUUUCGUUUGCUGGAACAUCCGGAAUGCAAUAUAUUCAAACACUUCAGUAGAGAAUCAUUUAAUGUCAUCCGUGAAGGAAUUAUUCGUUGUAUUUUGGCGACAGACAUGGCCCGCCACAAUGAGAUUCUCGACCAAUUCAAGGAGGUCACACCUACAUUUGAUUACUCGAAUAGAUCACAUGUUAACUUACUCUGUAUGAUUCUGAUCAAAGUCGCAGACAUCUCGAAUGAAGCUCGUCCCAUGGACGUAGCUGAACCUUGGUUGGACCGCCUAUUGCAGGAGUUUUUCGCUCAAAGUGCCGCAGAAAAAUCAGAAGGACUGCCUGUGACUCCUUUUAUGGAUCCUGAUAAGGUUAGCAAACCAGGCUCUCAAGUACGAUUCAUCGGUCUAGUAUUACUGCCAUUAUUUGAAGCUCUCGGCGAUUUGGUGCCCGAGCUAACAGAACUGAUUAUAAUUCCAGUCCGCAAUGCAUUGGAUUACUAUAAACAUUUAAAUGAUGCUCAAAACAAAUCACGCAAAUCUCUCGCUGAGGCCGCCGAAAAUACUAGUUCCGAUGGAGGCGGUGUAUCCCCACAACUGCCACGCUCUCAAUCGGGUAUUAGUGUUAAGUCCAGACGUAGUAUACCAUCACAAAAGUCCGCUUCUAGGAAUUCUGUCGAUGAGCCCACCUGCAUUGCUGCAGAAUUGCACGAUUUACCCGAAGGCAGUGAGAGUGGUGAUUCUGAAACCGCUACGGAAGUUGAUGUGGCAGAGAAGACCUCUAAAUUCAAAGUGGACACAGAAGGUAGCAGCAACCGAUCGAAGUCAUCACACUCCAAUUCCAGGAAAUCAUCCCGAGAGAAACGUCCAUCGAUGAUCGGAGAAAUGUGCAGUACUGGGGGUAAUCGCAUCCGUAAUUCAUACGGUAACAUUCAUGGUUAUCAUACGAAUCGUUGUCACUUCAGUUCCAAUCGAGCCGUAAGUCUGGACCAAUACAGCUGCAACAAUCGCCGCCUCUCGGAUGGCCUGCAGCAAGUCAUCUCUGAUAGUAAUGUUUUUUACAACCGACAGAAUCGAGGUAGCGUAGACACUUCCGAUUCCACAUCUCACCAUCUAAGUAGUUGCAUCGAGAGACCAAAGAUAUCUGAAGGUAGCGGAGAGCUAUCCGAUGUUGAUGUUUUGAAUAUGAAUACUCCACAAGGCCCACACAUAAAUGUUACAUCGUCUACUGCGCUCCUAAGCGCCACCAAUGUCACUUCUUCAUUGACAUCUACUGCACCGUCAAUUGACAGCCCCGUCAAUAACAGAAACCUCAACUCAAAUGGAAAUUACUCACAAUCCAAUGGACUUAACGCUGGCGGAAAUAAGUCAUGGAAGGCGCGUUUUAAACAAAUUUCUGAUUAUUUCUCCUUCAGUUUUGACAAGGGCAACAAACGCUUUGGCAGUACCCGCAGCAGUCCAUGUUCCGUGCGCAACAAUAAUGCCAGUGAUUUGUCUAAGCCAGGUGCCGGUAUUUGUUGUACGAUUUCUAAUAACCUCUCUCCCAGUUUUAAACACAAGCAACAUGAGUUGAUCAGCGCUGGCAGGAACCGUGCUUACAGUCUUGACGUACCAACGAGAAACCGGUACAGUAGUAGUUCUGGUGGUGACAGUCGCAAGUCAUCACGCAAUGAAGACAAUAGCAACCGGGGACAUGAUCUGCUCAACGAAGACAAUAAUAGCAACAAUACAAUAAGUGGGGAAAUGGCACCGCCACCUAUCCGCAUAGGUAGCGUCGAUGCCAGCGAAUCAAUCAUCAUUACAUCCACCGCACUUCCACGCGUCAUAACUCCCAACCUUGGCGAUGUUCAGCUGAUGUAUAGCGGUAGCAUCGGAUCAGGUAAUGUUGGGGAACACAGCAUAGACUUGAGUAUUCCAAGCGGAUCACGCGAUCCGCCUAAGAUUUGACACCGGAGCUCAGACACAUACUCAUCAUCGAAUAAUGGUGCUUUUACAAUGCUGCAACAACACUUGCUACCAUCAUCCAAUCAACAACAACAACAGCAUCAACCACCACCUAUUCAACAAGACGACUAUCAGCAACAGCAAUUGCAAGCUUCCAAUUGUAAUGUGUCUUCAACAAUGAAUUUCUGGUCAGCUCUGGGCAAUCGUUUGAGUUCGCUUGUAUGCCAUUGUUGUGAACGUAAGUUGCCAGAUCCAGAAAAUGUAUAAAAUAUUUGAAAUGGGGGUUGAUUGGGUGGAUAUAAUGAAUGGACUUGUUUUCUGGAAGUGUUUGAUAUGUGUAUAACGUCGGUCUCAUAAGGAAACCUCGUAACCUGAAUGCCAUCCUUUAGAAAAUAUGUCAGCGGAGCAACCCAGAAAAUUUGGGGUAGUUCCGAAAACUCUAAAUAGACUUAAAUUCAAAUUUUGCACAGCGCGUUUCAUCCCAACUACUAUGCUGUUUGUUUACUCUUUCGUCUCUCCUGUAAAAUUUUGAUAUUGGGAGUUACGAGGUUUCCUUAUGAGACCGACGAUAUGGAAGUUUGAUAGGCAAAUUGGGGUCCAAAAAUUUAAUGCAAUCUUCUUUCUUUUUGGAGAAAUUUUAAUUUAACAUAAAUAUUUAUUUUUGAAGCUUGAUUGUUUAUAUUUCAGAUAGGCCAAAACAUUUUCAAUAACAAUGUGUAAUAGUGUAGGUCGUAAAUAAGCAAGCCUUGGCCCAUUUUGAGGAUUGAAUAUAAGAGCUAUUUUCUACUUUCUUUGAAAUGAUUUUGGCUAAAUUGACUAUCAAUUGACUAUUCGAGAAUAAAGCAAACAUUAGUUAAAUAAAAAAAAACCAAAUGCGUUUCGAAAACUGGAAUUAAACUAAAUUAACAAAAUUUAAGCAAAUAUUCCUUUUAAAUUUCAGAGGUUAUACCACAAUAUUUUCAAUUACAUCUGCUUUAGACACAAAACUCACCUUUUGUACAGAAGGAUAGAAACUACUGAUAAAAUCAUGUUUCAGUAAAUAAUAAAUGGUCUUAUAAGCAGAAGAUAUGCAUACUACCUCUCAAAAUAAAAAAGAAAGAAAAUUGCUAUGCUUUAUUGCAAAUAUUCAAUUGAAUUUGAAUUGAAAAAUUUCAUCGAACAAAUUUUAGUUUCAAAAUACUGUGCAUGGAAUAAUUCGAUACAAUGGUUCAAUAUAUAUAUGUAUGCUUGUGACCCUAUUUUGCCAAUUUUUUGUUGCAUGAUUUCAAUUAUUCUCUCCUUUAUUGUGACAAAUUAUAUGUAUGUAAAUCACUUCUAUUUCACAAUUAUUCAAAACUAUCAUUCAAUUAAUUUGCAACAAAAGUCCAUUAAAUAAAACAAAACCAAAAACUACUAUCAAACAAUGCACACUAUAUAAAGAAUAGAUAUAAAUUUGCACUCAUAAAGAGAAAAAAAAAAUUAACAACAAAAUGGAACAAACAAUAGGUAUACAUUAUAUUAAGUAAAAAAAAAUUAUAUUUGUUUUCGUACAAAAAAAAAUCUUAUUAAAAACAAAUUAAUCAUAUACAAUACGAUUACAUUAUAUUAUACCUACUAUUUGCCCAAAUAUUUAUAUUAAACAAAUUAAAAAAAAAACAACUACAACUAACUUGUAAUAACGAUAAAAAAGAACAAAAUAAAAAAAAUAAUAAUUAAUAAAGUUAAUUAGUAAAUUAAUUUUAAGUCAAACACAAGCAAAUAACAAAAAAAUAUAAUCAAAUCGAUUUAUUAUUAUCAAUUAUUUUAAUUUUCUUUGUUUAAAUGUUGGCAUUU